AUGGCGACUCAACAAGCGCUCUUCUCUCCCGCCGAGCUCGCCUACCUGCACAGCUCCCUCUCGCUGCACCCUCCCAUCCGGCCCGACGGCCGCUCUCCGACCCAGUUUCGCCCGCUGACCGCCGAGACGGGCAUCCUGCCCGGCACAAACGGCAGCGCGCGGGUGUGCUUUGCCGACGGCACGGAGGCUAUUGUUGGCGUCAAGGCAGAAAUCGAGCGCACCGUAGACACCCACGUCGGCGCCGAGGACACGAUUGAGGCGGUUGAGGCGCAGCGCGCGGGCAAGAAAGCCGAGGCGGACGAGAAGAGAAGGCAGGGCAGGGAGGACUGGCUGGAGAUGACGGUCGAGAUUCCGGGCCAGAGGGACGAUGAGGCCGCGACGGUGUUUUUGGCCGAGAUGCUGAGGGAGGCGCUCCUCGCGGACGGUGACUUUGCGGAAAAGUUGUGGAUCAACAGGCGCUUUCACUGGCGUUUGUACCUUGAUAUUUUGCUGAUAUCGCCGCCGCUGUCGUAUCCCCUCCCGCUGCUCUCCCUCACCACACAUCUCGCGCUCCUAUCGACGCGCCUGCCGCGGUUGAAAUCCGAAGGUGAUGAAGACCCCAUGUUUGACGAUGACUGGGACGCGUCUACUUUCCUAUACCCGCGCGACAACAACAACUCCUCAGCACCCACUGCGCGACCACCAAUUACGCUACUCGUCGUGGCAAUCGGCGACAAUGUCAUUUUCGACCCCGCGAGGGAGGAGCUCGCCGUGGCCGACACGGCACUGGCCGUAUCCGUGGCCGAAGUGCAGAGCGCAAAGGCGCAAGACGGGCGAGAGCUGAGACUGCUGUCGAUGAGGACGGUCGACCCGCCCAGCAGGCUGACGCCGCCGGGCGUGCCUCACACGGCUGUCAAUGCGGCGCCGACGAAGCAGCAGACGGGGCCAGUGGCGGGCGUGUGGAAGGCGCCGCUGGGAGGGACCAAGUUUGGCGUCGUGGAUAAGAUUGCGCAAAAGGUGCUGGAGAAGGGUGGUGUGGCGGACGAGGUGCUUGACGGGCUGGAGGGGGUUGAGCUGGCGUAA